GGACGGGGAGCGGGUUGACGGGUUGACGGGGCUAAUGCACAAGGGGCUUGGGGGUACCCUGCAGGUACCUCGAGGUGUCUGAGAACUGUGCCUCUACGUACCUUACUCAGUGGGUUGGCCACUGUAGCCUCUGCAGCACACGGGCCAGCCUCCACCGCCUGCGUUUACCCGUGGCCAGACCCGGCUUCAGCAGCUGUGUUUCUUCGCUGAGAGAUGCUUCACUAUGUGCGGUUGCCUCCUCGAAAAGACCAGAGACGAAUCCACAGCCAGACAAACCUACGCCGAAAGAGCUCACACCAAAGCCCACCGACAAAAGUCACAGUCCCAGAGGAGACGACGAGUGGGGUGCGUUCUCAGGUCACCGACGCUGUUCCCAACCCAGCACGGGCGGCCCCUAAAUUCAGUGGAGCCUCGACCCAGCUCUAGCGCCCCUCCUGCAGCCAGUCGGUUCCACCCCGCCGUGGGGACUAGGGUCCAAUGCCGCCGCCGGAACGGGCUGGGCCUGAGGGGACGAGAGUUUGUGGCUUCGUUGCCUGUCAUUGUCCGUAUUGUGUACGUACGAGCGACUGGGCUGCGGAAUGGGGCCUGCCAUGAUACGAUGGGCUGGCCUGGGUUGCCAGGCUGGCCUGAGGGACAAAGUUGUGAAAACUCGCAGCUGCGGAUGCAUACUGCAACGGCAUUCGUUGGCUGCAACACUGUUGAUGGUGGUGGUUGAUCAACGGUUGUCGGGUCUGGGCGCUGUCUAUCUCUGACAUGCAUCCGUCUCGCCUCGAGAGAUACACACUUGGGACUUGUUUUUUGGGGGCGACAGAAAGCAAAAAAACGAGAGAAGAGGCGCCUCAAGCCGAAACUGCACAGC